CGAAUCAAUUGUGAUUAAUUACAAUUUAUCUGAAUAUGGUACAAUAGAUAAUACGGUGCAAUAUGAUGAUGGAACAAUUUUAAUAUGUUCCUCAAAACUAGGAGAGAUAAAUAUCAAUCUUAUUUAUCCGAAUGGAAGCAAAUUUUCUGUAAAUUAUGAAAAAGUCAUAAAUUUUAAGAAUGCAAGUUCCUGGAGAUACUUUGAAUGUUAUCCUUUGGCAACAAAUUAUAUAUUUUUACUUUAUUACAAUCGUUCUGAUCAAAGAAUUGAUACUACUAUACGAGGAACUAUAAUAAAUGUAAAUGAUGAACCAACAACAAAUAAUGGAAUUGCGAACCCAAUAUCUAAUGGCUCUUUCAAACCACCAUUAGAAGGGUUUGGUUUUCGUUCUCAGGAAAUCUUUGCUAAAAUUGAUGGUCAACAUGCAAUUGUGUAUACUAUAGCAAAUACAACUGAUCAACCAUUUGAUAUUACUACUAAUUACAACUAUCCUAGAUUUUCUGUAUAUGUGCAUUUUGUAAAAGAUAGCAUGGAUCAACAAUCAGAACAAUUAUUGCUCUAUCGGUAUUAUGGUAGUAGCACGCUAUCUGUUGUAUUAACCGAUUGUCAAGCUAACUUAACUCAUUAG